AUGAAUUUUUCAAUUCACAUGGGCGCUGAAUACAGUCAACCACCACGCAUUCCUGCAUUAACUAGUUUUAUAUCGGAAGCAUUUUAUGAUCAACGAAGACCUCCUCGAAUACGUUGUGUUAAAUGUUUAGGCCAUGGGAGAUUGUUUGUUGAAUCCGAAUGUAAUUCAUGUCGAUCAAGUUGGUCGAAUCAUACAUCAUGUUAUACAUGCGACGGUUAUGGUCAUCAAACAACUUAUGAAUUAUGUGAUGAUUGUUUUGGACGUGGCAUUAAAUGA